AUGAACGAAACACUCAAAUUAGUUCUAGUGGGUUAAUUAGGAGCAGGGAAAACAAGUCUUUUACAAUCUCAUAGAUAAUAAGAGUUCCGAGCUCAUAAUGCACCAACAGUUGCUGUUGACUUUGCUGGAGUUAAAAAUGUAGAAGUGAAUGGGAGGUUAUUUGAUAUUUCGAUAUGGGAUACAGCUGGUUAAGAGAAAUUUAGAUCAAUAACAAGGAUGUCUUUAUAAGUAUAAAAAUAACAAAAAUAAUAGAAUACUGAUGUUGCAAUUCUUUGUUUUGAUUUGAGUGACCCUGAUUCAUAUAGACAUCUUUAAGGUUGGAUAGACUUUUUAUAGGUAAAUUGUAGAUCUGAAAUGGGAAUUAUAAUAGUUGGAACUAAAAUGGACUUACCUACUUUUUAUAAUUAGGAAGAUCUAUAAAAAUUUCUCUAAACUUUAAAUUCAUAAUAAUAGUAGUUAAAAUUAUUUCUUACUUCUGCCAAGACUCAUGAGGGAAUUGAAGAAACAUUCAAAUAUGCUUAUGAAUAAGGAGCAAAAAUAAAAAUGAAAGCUUUACAAAUGGAUAAGUCAAUUUUACUUGUUCCACCUGAAUAAUCAAAUAAUAAGAAACGUUAACCAUCUAAAAAUAAAUAUUUACAGGGUUGUUAUUGUUGUUGAUA